UUGACUGACCACUGCCAGACUUACAUUCAAGAUAUCUGGCAUGGUCACAUCCCCCCUGGUUCCCGCAUGAUUGUAACACUCCCUGACGAUGUCGCCUCAACAGGCAACCCGUGGGACGCAUAUGCUCUUGUCAUAUCACCUACGAUGCACGCACCAGAUGAUGACAGUUGGCACCAGGAUCUUGUUUACAAUAUCAUGUGGUUGCUUUUAGUGCAACUCGAGCGGUGGAAUAAAGCCUCUGAUGCGGAGAACCGUCUUAAGAUUCAGAUGGUUUUGAUGACAGGGCUUGGAACA